AAAAAGCAAUCUUAAUGGUAGCUUCUCUGAUCAGGUUCACUCUUGCACAUGGCUGAAUAUACUACAGAUGUACUCUGCUAGAUUCUCAUACAAGUGCUUCAUCUGUAAAUCUGCAAGAAAUACAAACAUGCAUAAACAACGCAUUACAAGUAACUGGUAAAGUAAUGCAUUACUUUUUAAUUUACUAGAAAAUAUGAGUUACUGUUUCAAACAAGUAAUGCAAGUUAUUUUGUGUUCCCAUUUAUUGACAGUCGUGUGCGCCGUGAGCGUGAUGGUUACUGUAGCUCUAGACUGAAUGUGAUUAUGCAUUACUCAAACAGAAACAGUGAAAUGCACUCAGAAUAUGAUUCAAACCUGCAAUAAUUAAAUGUUAAAUUCCACAAAUAUACUUUAUUUUAGUAUUGCUGACUUCUGCUGUGUCCUAUUCUUUGUCCAAUCUAGAAUUGCAGCACAGUUUAAAGGUUUGUUUGUGUUAAUUCACAUUUCCUUCAGCUGGAGAGAAAAGGGCUUUUAUAUUUGCCUUAAAAGUCAUGGAGGCGUUUUACUCUGUGUCCACCUGAUGAAAUAUUUUCAGCUGAUGCGUUUCUUAUAUUUAGCACUUCCCCGUGUGUCACUUUAAAAUUUCAGGAUAAAUCUGACCUUCUUUAACACAUCAAAUGCAUGCUAACAGUUGUGUUUGGGUAAAAACUGCAAAGAUUGACACCUGAAAAACAAAUAUAAAUUUGAAUCUCUAUAAAUCCUAGACUGAAAAGUCAUGAAACUUCUGAUCAUCAUGAGAGGAAACCUAAAUCAGCAGCAUGGCAUUCACACUGGCUCUGGAUUCACAGGAGCAAUGGUGUGUUGAUAUGUAGCACGUGCAGCUGUAUGAUCUAUUAUUCCGUAUGAUUUCAGCAGAACUGCUUUCUGUAUCUGUAUUCAGUCAUAACACGCCUCGAUGAUCUUACAGUGAAACUGAAACAAACAGCGAAGUGUCCUUCAUAAAGUGUUUACUACUGCUAGUCUGAGACCGUUCACACUGAUUACUAUGAGAAGUCGACGCGGUUAUUGAUUGUGUGUGUUUACAGCACGUGCUUUCAGCGCGUUUUUGUGCAGUUUGAAUUUUGUCUCCAUAGCUCCGUUGGCCGUCUGAUGACGUGGCGGCGGCUGAUUGGCUGUCCGCGGUCACGUGUAAGUGUGGUUCUGAAGAGCGGCCAUAUUAGAUCAGUUCAUUCUUUCACGCGGCUGCACUCGGAGUAACGCUCCUUACUCUCAGAGUAACACUCACUCCGUACUCUACAGUGUACUGUUGAUGUAGGACGCUCUGUUCGCUCGGUGCGUCGUUUCUAUACUUCAUCAGUGGGAAGAUGGCGAGCGCGGCGCGGACCCCGGCCGGCCAGAAGUCGCUGCCCCGCGGCAGCAGUUCUCCUCUGAGCCCCGCGCGGAUCUCCCGCCUGCAGGAGAAGCAGGAGCUGCAGCACCUCAACGACCGGCUGGCCGCCUACAUCGACGCGGUGCGCCGCCUGGAGUCGGAGAACAGCGCGCUGCAGCUGCAGGUCAGCGAGCGCGAGGAGACGCGCAGCCGCGAGGUCACCGGCCUCAAAGCGCUCUACGAGACGGAGCUGGCGGACACGCGCACGGCGCUGGACGAUACGGCGCGGGAGCGCGCGCGCCUGCAGCUCGAGCUGGGCAAGCUGAAGAGCGAGCACGAGCAGCUGCAGCACACGUGUGUGAAGAAGGACGCGGAGCUGGCGAGCGCUCAGGCCCGGCUCAGAGAAGCUGAAGCCCUGCUGAACUCUAGAGAAGCGGCUCUGAACACGGCCGAGUCGGAGAGGAAGGCUCUGGAGAUCAGCGUCACAGACCUGCAGCUCCAGCUCCAGGAGCUGGAGGGAGGACUGAGCUCGGCGAAGAAGCAGCUGUCAGAUGAGACUCUGCUGCGCGUGGAUCUGGAGAACCGCUGCCAGAGCCUCGUGGAGGAGCUGGACUUCAGGAAGAACAUGUUCGAGGAGGAGGUCAAGGACACGCGGCGCAGGCUGGAGACGCGUCUGGUGGAGGUGGACUCGGGUCAUCAGAUGGAGUUCGAGUUCAAGCUGGCCGCGGCGCUGGCUGAUAUGAGACAGCAGCACGACGAGCAGGUCCGGCUCUACAAGGACGAGAUGGAGCAGACCUACACAGCCAAGCUGGAGAACGUGCGUCUGUCCUCGGAGAUGAACAGCUCUUCAGCGAGCAUGGCCCGUGAGGAGCUGCGUGAGUCGUCGCUGAGAGUCGAGAGUCUGGCCGCUCAGCUCACCAGCCUGCAGAAAGAGGCGCGUGCGUGGCAGGAUCAGAUCAGUGAGCUGGAAGCGGCUCUGAGCCGCGAGAAGGAUCUGAGCCGCAGGCUACUGGCGGAGAAGGAGCGAGAGAUCGCAGAGAUCCGAGCCAAGAUGCAGCAGCAGCUGGAUGAGUACGAGCAGCUGCUGGACGUGAAGCUGGCGCUGGACAUGGAGAUCAACGCCUACCGGAAGCUGCUGGAGGGAGAGGAGGAGAGGCUGAAGCUGUCUCCCAGCCCCUCGGCUCGUGUGACGGUGUCCCGGGCGUCCUCCAGCCGCAGCGUCCGCACCGCGCGAGGGAAGAGGAAGCGUGUGGACGUGGAGGAGUCCGAGGCCAGCAGCAGCGUCAGCAUCGCUCACUCCGCCUCUGCCACUGGAAACGUCUGCAUCGACGAGCUGGACGUGGACGGGAAGUUCAUCCGCUUGCACAACAGCUCUGAGCAGGAUCAACCCAUGGCCGGGUUUCAGCUGACCAGAACAAUCGGUGAUGUUUCUGCUACGUAUAAAUUCACUGCCAAAUACGUCCUGAAGGCUGGACAGAAAGUCACGAUCUGGGCGUCUAAUGCGGGCGUGAGCUCCAACCCUCCGACGGACCUGAUCUGGAAGAACCAGAGCUCAUGGGGGAGCGGCGAGGACAUUAAAGUGCUUCUGCUGAGCCCAGAAGGAGAGGAAGUAGCUGUGAGGAGCACAGUAUUCAAGACUGCAGUGGAGGAGGAGGAGGAGGAAGAGGAAGCUGAAGUCAUUGAGGAGCGUUUCUUUCACCAGCAGGGAGAUCCUCGUACUGCUAAGAGGGGUUGUGCGAUCAUGUGACCAGCACUACAGCCAAUCAGAGCUGCCAGCUGCACCACCUUCCUGUGUGGUCUUAUUAUUUUGAGUGAAUCUUUUCUGUUUGUUUUGAAUUAUGCUUUUUAAAGUCUUUUUCACUUCAGUUUGUUUCAGAUUUUGUGACCCGUUUAUCAGCUUAAAUUGAAUGAACCAAAUGUUUUUCUCUUCAUUUGUAAGUUGUAACUGUGAGGACUCUUUUCUAGACUCGUCCACGUCAGAUUCUGUGACUAACCUCUUUUUUUUUUUUUU